AUGUCUGUCAAGGCGGAGGAAUGUGCCGAAGAUGCACCCCCAGCAGCACCUGCAGCCGAGGAAGAGGAGGUCGACGCGCCGCUGUCGGAAGAUGCCGCUUCCUCGUCGCCCGAUGAUCUCGAUUACCAGGUUCGCCGCAUCAGAAACCACGUCCUGUAUCCUCUACUUGAGUACGAGAUGGAGAAAUGCGAGGAAAUGACAGCCAAUGUCUUCACCACCACUUUUGAGGCGGAUGACGUUGUCGCCUCAACAUUGCAGAACGACGUCUGCGGCGCAUCGGUAUCUUCCUCUGACUCGGAACUGACCAAAUUGGUACUUCAUCUAGUUGCUUAA